AUGGACUACCAAGGCAAAAUUAUAAUCGUCACAGGGGCCGCCCAUGGACUUGGCCGAGCCGUCGCUGUAAAAUUCGCCACAGCCGGCGCCAAAGUCGUCCUGGCAGAUAUCCAGCAAGAGCCUCAGCUGGCCACAGUCGAAGCGCUGAGGCAAGCUGGACUCAAAGCUUGGGCCUUUCAAUGCGAUGUAGGAAGCGAUGAGAGCGUCGCAGCCUUCGCAGCUGCUGUUCAUAAAGACAUUGGUGUUCCCGACAUCAUUUACAACAAUGCUGUCUUGAUCCGAUCCGGAGGCAUCAUUGAUCUCGAUAUGGCUAGCCUCCAGCAACAGGUCAACGUCAACGUCUUCGGAUACAUCCGCAUGGUUCAAGCCUUUCUCCCAGGCAUGACUGCUCGUGGAAGUGGAUGGAUCGUCAACACCGCCUCACCCAAUGGUAACGUGCCCAUACCACUCGUGGCAAGCAACCUCUUUUCCUACUGCUUGUGCAAGGCAGCCGAUAUUUCAAUGAGUCAAUGCAUGGCCGUCUCUCUGAAGCCACUGGGUAUUGGUGUGAGCGUUGUUUUCCCGGAUAUCACAUACACGGAGACAGUAGACUCUUUGUCUGGUACCUCCUCCGAUGAAUUCCAUCAAACCUUCACAUCCUUCCUGAAACAACAGGGAAAGGACGUCGACGUCGUCGGCAAGAAAAUUGUGGAAACGCUCCGGGCCGGUCAGUUCUUUGUCAAUGUCUGUCCAAGAUAUGAGGAGGCAUUGAUCGAGCUAGCGAAGGGCAAGAUGGAUCCAACGGUGGAUUUCUUUGCCGUGGUAAAUGAGAAGUCGAAAACCGGGUGA